GGCGAAGCAGCUGUUAUCUCGCUACAUCCGUUUUAACUGCGAGCUGGGCGCGCGCAGCGGGCGGUGUUUUUCGCUACGGCGUGCUUCACACGAGGCGCUCCUCUGGUCCGGCGUCGCGCGCGCGCGCGUUGAGUGAUCACAGGGCAGCGACGGUCGCUCUCUCGCGCCCCCCGGAGACGCUGUGCACGGCCGCCACGGCGACGUGGUUCUGGGCCCGCGAUGGCUCACCAGAACGGCCCCACCACCAACGGGGUUCGGAUACGUCGCACCCGGAGCCUGGCUAACGCACUGCAGAUCCAGGAAUACGAAGCCAAAGAGCGCCGCCUCGCCCCCGACGCGCCGAUUCACAAGCCAUGCGACUCUUUAUUCAGCAGUUCCCGCGGAUGGACCAACUACCGUGGGCUCUUCAACUUUUGCAUCAUACUGCUGGUGUUAUCAAACAGCAGAGUGGCCUUGGAGAACCUUAUCAAGUAUGGAAUCUUAGUGGACCCAGGGCAAUGGGUGCGGUAUCUGCUACUGGAUCCCAGAAUAUGGCCUCCAGUUUAUGCUACACUUGGUCUUAACCUGUGCAUAUUGUGCUCGUUGGUCAUUGAAAAGCUGUUGGCUGCGGGCCGGGUGUCCGAAAGCGUGGCCAGGAACAUGCGGGUUCUCAACCUGUCUUCUAUCCUUCUCAUUCCACCUGUGGUGGUAUUCGUGUGGGACUGCAAUCCUGUUGCAUCAUCACUGGCAUUGGGUUGUGUGACACUGCUGUUCCUUAAGCUUGUCUCGUACCACAUGGUGAACCUGUGGUGCCGUCAACAGAGAGCAUCGCGCAAGCACCACCGGCGGAGGUCUUCGUCUGGCAAUGACCAGAUAACCCAGGGUGUGAAUGGACGCACCACCAAUGGCCACAUGACAAAGUUUGUCAUCUACCCUGAUAAUUUGAACCUGUAUGAUAUUUAUUAUUUCAUUUUUGUGCCAACCCUCUGCUAUGAGCUCAACUUCCCACGGUCAUCAAGAAUAAGGAAGCGCUUCCUGUUUCGCCGUUUUCUGGAAUCUUUAUUGCUGUUGCAACUGAUCCUGGCCCUGGCCCAGCAGUGGAUAGUACCCAUUAUGGAAAACUCACUGAAGCCUUUUCAGGAGAUGAAUUUCCCUGCAAUGCUUGAAAGGCUCCUUAAGCUGGCGGUUCCUAACAUACUAAUUUGGUUGCUUGCAUUCUAUUGGUUCUUCCAUUCAACGCUGAAUACAUUUGCUGAGCUCCUGCGCUUCGCUGACAGAGAGUUCUACAGAGACUGGUGGAAUGCAGACACUGUGCAGUAUUUUUGGCAAAACUGGAACGUUCCAGUGCACAGAUGGUGUCUGCGCCACCUCUACAAGCCUUUGGUUGCUGCUGGCAUGUCAAAAGGCCAGGCUUGUGUAAUGGUGUUCCUCCUCUCAGCAUUCUUUCAUGAGUACCUUGUCAGCGUUCCCCUGAAAAUGUUCAGAGUGUGGGCCUUUCUUGGUAUGCUUGCACAGGUGCCUUUUGCAUUUGUCAUUGACAACUGCUUCCGCAACCGGUACAACAACCUGGGUAACAUGGCUGUCUGGAUUUCACUCAUAAUUGGGCAGCCUUUGGCUAUAUUGAUGUACUAUCACGACUAUUACAUAAUCAACUAUGGGACAUCACGUACCUUGUGAUCAUAGUGUAUGCAAGCACAGCCUGCUACAGUAAUAAUGAUUAGCAGCUGGACCAGCUGUGCCAAUAUGUCAUAAUGAAUGUCAGAAUGGUGUAUACUCCAACUUUACACCUAACACUUUUGCAGGGCGCAAGUGCUGCUGUGAUACAUGGGUGUGUAGCAUGGGUGUGCAGCAUGUGCGUCACUUGUUUACCUUGAAAUGCAUAUAGUGAUCUUUUCUUUUUUUUCUGUCGCAGUCUUCAUGGAGAAUGCUUGAUAGCAACUUAUCAAGCAGGAUACACAACGUGCACUGUAGCACUCACAUGUUCGCACCAAUACUGUUGCCUUGUUCAUGAAACUAGUUAACUUUCCUAACUUCAUAUGAAAUGUGCAUGCACUUUAAAAGAGAAGCUUCAUUACUUCCUUUUUGUAUCGAAAUUAAUCUAACCUCUUAGAUUAUUCGCAUUUCUGUUUUUCAGUUUGCUAAACUGAAAGGGACCCAUGUACUCUUGCUAAAGAACAACAAAUGUGACAUUGGUUUUCAAAGUUUUCUAAGCAGGAGAAAGGCCUUUAAGCAUGGGAACACAUCUUUAAACAUAUUAGUAACUUGUCCUGUUCUUCAUAACCUAGUCUUAUGGUCAGUAAUGGUGUUUUGUGAACACCAUUUACCUGGGGCAAAGAGGAGCGACUGUCUUGCGUGUAGAUGAAAUUGCUACUCAAACUUUGCCCUAAAUAUCUCUUACGCACAUUAAAACAAUAUCUAAAACCAGCAAGAAUGUUGGAAUUUUCUAAAUUAUAAAUAUAAGGUGCAGUGGUAACGUGACUUGAAUGAGCUGCUUUGAUUACUUAGUGGCAGCUCUGCUAGGGCUUUUAUUGCCAGCAAGGCAUGAAAACGCUGAACUGUUGAGCGUGCACCUCGAGUAGCCUGAAGCGUUCAAUGGGGAGUCUGCUUCAUACUGCAUAUAGUAGUUUCAAGUUGUGCUUCUCAGAUAAAGAUGUUUCUGACCAGUUUUUUUUUUUUUCACUUUUGCACAUUAAGUUUUAUGGCCGCUUGGCAAGCCCAACAGUUUUACAUGUUUGCUUAGCAUGUACAAUACUUAUUAAGCAAAAAUGUUUUACUUUCCAGCCACGACUGAAACCAGCUGUUGCUAGUUCAGUGUAGGCUUUUUUUAUUAAUUGGCAGGCUUAUUUACUUGCAUGGUACUCUUUUCAUUGUCUUCAUAAAUUUGGUCUGUGUGUUCUGUUUAUUUCCAUCUGUACAACCUAGAAACAUUAGCUAAACUUCCCUUUGAAAGUCAUGUUUAAAAGCCCUGCAAUGUCAACUACACAGCUUAGGCUUUAAAAUUUCAUAAAGACAAACCAAGUAGAUGCUGUUGAUCUCUAGAAGUGUGACUGUAAAAACUACUGUCUGAUAACUUGUCUGCUUUGUAAAGAGUGCAUUAAGAAUAAAAGGAUGCUGUAAGUUCGUAUCUUACUUCAACCCAGUGCACUAACUUAAGAAUUUGAGGCUGAAAUGCAUUUAAAAAGACACUUAGUUUUCAUAGAACUUCACAGGUUUCUGUUCAUACUAGAAGUGCAAAUGCUAUUUAUGUGAAGUAGGAACCAACUUGUCAUAAAGCUGUGCAUCAAGUAUACAAUAUACAAGGUAUUGGAAAAUGCCAGUGCCUUAAAUAUAAAUCUGCAUGUGAAGUAGGAACAGUAGUGCAAUGCAAUGCACCUGGUCUCAUGUUCUAUGUCUUUAAUCUACAUAAUGACCCUCUUUGGCUCAUACUAAUGCAUUCUUGGGUGCCAAGAAGCAGUUUUCUAAUGACGGAACUAGAAACGGGUGUGAUUUUUGUGCCGUGCUUCUGCAGAUGUUGCUUUUUAAAGUGGUAACCAAUAUGUUGUGUGACAAACUAUAUGGUGUCUAUUUACACAAUUCAUUAUGGCACUAACCACAUAAACUGUAGUUCGUCGCAGCAAGCUGAUAAUAUUUCUCUGCAUCAUGUGUAUCAGAUGCUGUUCAGUGUACCCCAUUUGUGCAAUGCAGUCAAACCUCGAUAUAUAGAACACGGAUAUAUCAAAUUAUUGCGUAUAUCGAACACUUUUUAUAUCACCUAGAAAAUCGCAUGCAUUUAAUUUUUUUUUAUUAUUAUUUCGAACGGGGUUGGAUGUAUAAUAGAUGUGUCAAACUCCGCCACCCCAGACCAUGUGUGCUGUGUUGACAGGCGGUGAGCUUUCCCGCAACACCUGUUGAAGAUAGCAGUGGCGUGAUGGGCGUUCCCAACUGCUGCGCACCACAUCGAUUGCACUGAGGGCGCCAUUUUAAUGUAGCGGCGUACACACGCAGCGGCCGUGGCUAGUUCUACCACCAUAUUUAAAAACGUUGGUUCUACCAAGUUCCACGACGUGAACGAUUCAUUGCAUUUGUUGCACCGACUACUCCUCGGUGCUGUGCUCUGCCCUGCUGCGCCUCACGAGAACUGGCAGUUUGCAUCCGCAAGGACGCACGACAGCGCGCGCUGACUGGGUUCACUCAUAGACGCCUUAAUUUGCAGAUGCCACUUGGUUAUUGAGUGUUUCAAAAUGCUUCGAUUGACGGACAUGGAGAUGGCAGCAGAAGUAGUGGCCCAACAAAGACGCUGCCAAGGUUGAUCCCCCAAGCGCUGAUGUUGCCCCGCUCCCAACUUUGACUGAAGCUGUAGCCAUAGCUGUAGCUGCUUUGGCCCUUCUACGCCGCUGCUGCAACGCAAUAGAGGGCACCAGCCUAUCGCUUGUGAAUCAUUCAGACUAUGUUGAGGACUCCAUGUUAAAACAUACAGUGCCAAUAAGAAGCAGGCAACACUGCUGCAGUACUUUCAGCCAAACAAAUGCUUUCUGUGAGGCUUCAAGUGAGUAUUUACUGUGCCAUGAUUGGAUUUGCAUAAGUUUUUGACGUGUUUUUUAAUGUUAUUUUAUAUAUUGAAUUCUGGAUAUAUCGAACUAUUUCGCGAUCACAGCGCUGUUCGAUAUAUCGAGGUUAGACUGUAUUUUGUUGUUGUUGUUGUUGUAAGUGUGUAAGUAGACAGCUGUUAAAAUGGAAAUUCUUCUGGUCAUACCACUCACUGAAAAACACAUGCUUGUGUUAUUCCACAUUGUAAGCCAACAUUUUUUAUAUCGAGCAAAUUUUUAAAAAAGCCCUUUAUUCCCCCCCUGCCCAAAGUGAUAGCCUCAAAUAUGUUUAAUUUACAAGAUCUUGCAUUGUGGUGGUACAUUGCAUACAGUAAUUCACCAUGUCAUUCAUGAUUAGAAGGUUGUCAGGUUGGGGUAGUUGGUAGUCCAUUAUUGUUACAGAAGUGUGUAUAGCAUGAAGCAGGAAGCAGGAUGAUGAAAGACGAACAUGUGCUCAAGUUGGAAGUUAGUAUUUGGUUUUACUUUCAUGGUGGUGCCCUUAGCAUCUCACUAUACACCUCGACAAUAAAAAUCCAAUUGAACAUGUACUACCUUGAUCCACGUUACCAGGAAAAAAUUAUUCAAGCAGUAUUUUUUUUUCAUACUGCUCCUGCAUUGGUUGCACCUACUUAGCUGAUAGCUUUGACAGCAGGUCCCCACCUAGUGGUGCUCUAGCAGAAACAUGCUCCAGUGCAAUUUUCUUUAUUUUGUGGUUUGAAUUGACUUGCAUUGUGUGCCUUUUAGCUGAUACAUGGAAUUCCUUACUCAUCCAAGGCUAGCACAAAUGGUCUCCCUAAUUUGUUGCAUUAAAUAUAAACAAAAAUUGUGGCAAUGUAUAUUUUUUUGCUAAGUAACCAAAUAUAUAUUGUGUGCUGUGAACAGCUAAUCCUCACAUAUUUUAGAACAUGUCAUUCUCCAAAAGUUGGGAAUCUGUGCGAUGUCACGUGAAAGUUGUAUGCGACAUUUUUUUUCCUGAGUGAAGGGCAAGUUAUUGUCCUCAGUGCUCUAAUCUCUGGCUUAGUCCGUGGCUGACUGCAGCUGUUCCAGUAUAUGGACAGUGCCAUGCUUAAUUUUUUCUUUCAGUGCAUUCUCUUGUAGUCUUUAAGAAAAAGUGUAAGCCCUAGAUUUGACCUUAGCUAGAUUGGUGUCUUUCAUUGACAAGGACAACAGCUGGAUGUAGGCAGGGAUAAAUUUGCAUCUCAGCAUGUGCCUUGCAGUAGAAAACGCUCAUAUCAAACGAUUGUGGGCCAAGAAUAAAAUUGGGAAAGUUCUU